GUCAUACAAAACUCCUUCUUCCAUUGCUUUCAUGAUCGUAUGCUGCUGCUUCAUCAUUUGGCUCAUCAUCGUCCCAGCGGGAGUAGUACUAGCCUCUACGCCUAGCAAGUAUGACAGUAAGAUGAAAGUACAUGCACGACCCUCCCCUAAGGCUGGUUCUCGAACUGGCCAAAUUCCUCCUGUCUCGGGCCUCAAUCCUAAUAAACUUGCUGUGUGCAGCCCUAAAAAUUAUGGAAGUUGCAUUCCCCGCAUUUCUUCUCCCCGCCGCCGUUGUACCUACGAGAACCGUUGUAAACGCGGACCUUCCCCGUAGGUUGGAAAAUCAGAAGCAGCAUUUUCCAUUGAAAUUACAUACGAAUUUACCAAGUCAUAUAUUGUGUCCCUUUGCCUGCAUGCAAACAUGUUUGUCUUUGUCCUGUUUUAACAUAGAGCAA